CCGUGAUACUGGAGGAAAAAGGCGAUAAGGUUUACACCGAGCAGGACUCCGAAGAUGUUUAAAUAAUGAGGUGAUUUUUACGAAAGGUUGUGAAAUUGUGCAAGCCAUGCCUUUUUUGGAAUUCAUAGCUGGCAGCAUUUCAGGUGCAGUGGGACUGGCAGUUGGACAUCCAUUAGACACCGUGAAGGUGCGCCUGCAGGCCCAGUCUGCGUAUAAAGGGAUACUUCACUGCGUGACUAAAACUUACGCUCAUGAAGGGCUCCAUGGAUUCUUCAAGGGCAUGGCGUUUCCGGUGCUGACCACGGGCCUCACCAACUCAAUUGUCUUUGGCUCUUACAGUAACGUCUUAGAUUACCUCACUCAGUCUCAGCGCAGUGACCGCAGUGAAGGCAAACCGGCCUCUGCUGCACAGGUCUUCACUGCUGGCUGCUUCUCAGGUCUGGUGCAGGUGUCUGUCUGUGCGCCCAUUGACCUGGUGAAGGUGCGUCUGCAGGGUCAAACGACCGCUGACCGCUACCGUGGACCCCUUCACUGUCUCACCGUGAUCCUGAAGGAGGAAGGGCCCCGGGGUCUGUUCAGAGGGGGGCUGGCCCUCGCCCUGAGGGAUGUCCCCUGCUAUGGACUCUACUUUCUGCCUUAUGAGGUCACUCGAAAGGCUCUGACAGAGAGCGGCCAACAGCCAGGUACGUUUGCAAUAUUGAUGGCGGGGGGCGUGGCGGGCGUGGUGACCUGGGCCUUCGCCACGCCCAUGGAUGUGGUGAAAGCCCGGCUCCAGAUGUCAGGGGCCGGCGGCCGGGAGUACAGCGGGGUCCUCCACUGCAUGAGAGUGAGCGUGAGGGAGGAGGGAGUGAGGGUCUUCUUCAAAGGCCUCCUGCUGAACAGCCUGAGGGCGUUCCCCGUCAACGCCGUCACCUUCCUCAGCUACGAGACUCUGAUGAAGAUUUUCUGUCCACCGACGAGAUGACGUCACUCCUGACAGUGAAGGGAUGCGCUCGUGAGAUCUUCCCACUCGGUCUGGAGAUUUGGCUGCAGGUCGGAUAUUCUCAGGGUCACUUUGAACUUUUCAAAGUAGGUCAACUCUCACCUGACUCGUGUCAAGAGACCUGAACACGUUUGAAGACCAGUGAGGAGGAAGUCUUUGGUGACGUGAGCUGCUGUGAUGGAUGAUGUCAGUUUUAAGCAGCUCAUAGUUAC